GAAACGCGGUGACGUAGUAGGUUGGAUUGAGCAACUCACGGUUCACUCACUAACAAGACUCACUGGCGUCUGAUUGUAGGAGUGGCAGUUGAUAUACGGAAUACCUUGUGCUUGUUGCUUUCUCACUAUGCCGGAAUCUCAGGAAAACAUGUACAAGACCUUCAAACAACGCAAGAGUUUUGCUGUCAGGAAAGAGGAAGUGGAGGGAAUUAGGAACAAGUUUCCAACCAAAAUCCCGGUGAUUGUGGAGCGAUACCACAAAGAAAAGGUGCUGCCCAUGUUGGACAAAACCAAGUUUUUGGUGCCUCAGGAGCUGACCAUGUCUCAGUUCCUGACAAUCAUCAGAAACCGCAUGUCCCUUAAUUCUAACCAGUCUUUCUACCUUUUGCUUAACAACAAAUCCUUAUCAUCCAUGUCAUCUACCAUGGCUGAGAUCUAUCGUGAUGAGAAAGAUGAUGAUGGCUUCCUCUACAUGACAUAUGCUUCUCAAGAAAUGUUUGGCUCCAUUUCAUAUUUGGCCAGAUAAAACAGCAGUGAAAAUAACAACAGACUUGAUUGUCACAGAUUCCUGAUUUUGAACACACUAAUCCCAUUUGCUAAGCGUAUGUUUGGGAAUGUUGGGUGAAGUGAAAAGACAACUUGUUGUCUGCCAUUGUCUUCACCUGUGGUCAGUUCCUCUCAACACAAGGAGUGUAUGAUUUUUGUACAUUUGUGCUGUGGGGCAGGUUUUGUGUUCGUGAGUGUUGGUCUACUGCUUUUAAUGAAUUGUAGAAAGAGAAAAUGCUAAAAUUGUCACAUUGUUGCACUGUGUCCAGGUGGGUGUGGCCAGUGUCUUGCACAUCUGUUUAAAGAAUUGAAGUAUUUUUGCAUGUAUCAAAGGUCAGUUCUGAACAUGCUAUUUUCACUGUUUUUGAUUAUUGCCAAAUUUUCAUUCCCUUUUUAUUAUUCAGACAUCAGUCUUCCAGACUUUAUUGCAGAAAUUUCAUUUAAAGGCACUAGAUUUUUCAGGCAUGUAAGAGAGUGAAAUUUUGGCAGGUGACCUGUUGAACUUGGAGUACUGACUGUUACAUACUUUAUUUAAAAGAACAUGUUAAACCUCAACCUCAAGUAGAAACUGUGGAAAAGGCCAUCUCCGUUUAAACAUCUUGAACAGAAACUAUUAAAGGUGCACUGAUUUUGAGCUUGGAUGCCAAUUGGCAUGACUCUAGCAUGUUUUUAAACAAACAAAAUUAAAACCACAUUCAGUGAAUACUAAAUAUAGUUUCGACAAGACAGCUAACCCAUGCCUUUUAGAUGUGAUGUCUGACAAAACAGGCAUAGACCAUUCCAGUGCCUUUUGCCUAAUGUGUCUGAGAAAAAGCCGGUGGGUUAAUUGUAAAAUUUUUUUGAAAAUUUGUUUUAGCCUUACAAAAUGAUGUGUCUUCAUAAUUUUGUGUAUGGCUUAGUCAGGCUGAUGUCAAGAGCCAAAUUUUUUGUUAGUUUUGACACAGCUUUAUGUCAGAAGAGUAUGUGAUGACAAGAUGAAGCCCCAAGAAGGCGACAGUAAUGCUGAAAUGUGCAGUAGUUGCUACUGAAGUACAAUGGAGUUGACAUCAGCAAUUAGAAUUUUAUUUUUCUCCAUUUUGGUGGAAUGAACAGCCAGGUUGCAAAUUUAAAGCACACUAGGAACGCUGAUAGCACAGUUAUUUCUUUCCUCUUUUUUUUUUUUAUUAAAUGCACUCAGCUCAUGCAGGUAAUUUAAAGUGAUUAACCUUCCAUCUCGUAAACUAUUGAAAACAGACUCCAUUGUUGAGAUAGACUGUAUGACUGCCUCGUCCUCUUUGAGACUGGGAAAUAUUUGUUUCAGGGAUGCAGCUUGCAUAUGAUUGUGCCACUCAUCAGUGUAGAUGUGUCCAUGUGUGUGUACCAUGCAUCUGUGUAUUUGUUGCGUCCGUUUCAUGCAUCUGUUUAUAUCUGCGUGUGUGCGCCAUGAAUCUAUGUAUAUGUUGUCUGUGGGGCAGUCUGGUGGCAACGGUUAGCGCCUGUCACCAAUACAGUGAGGGUUGGCUGUCCUGGGUUCACCUCUCAUCUCGGGCACUCUGUUCUUUUUCUGCAUGUGGCAUCUGUUUACAGGGCUGGCUGCCUUGCCGUGAUAUAGCCUCAGUCGCUGGUGCAGUGUAAAACACCAGUUCAUCUACCCACUAUCAGUUAUGUAUUGUCUGUGUGUCAUCCAUCUGUGUAUAUGUUGUGUCCACGCCAUGCAUCUGUUUAUAUGAUGUGUCCAUGUGUGUAUGCAUGAGCACUAGACGUUAACUUAGCAUCUGCUGCCAACCUUUGACUGCAAGAUCGCAGCUCACAAUUGUUGUUUGCCUUCAUUCACAAAAUUGUGUUCCUUCCAGUGAUGUGCUUACCGCAUCCCACUGUCUGCUGUCUUUCCUUACAUUAUGGUAGUUUUACACUGUUGCCAUUUUGAGCUAAAAUUUUUCUUACUUUUUGUGCCAUUCUUGUAUGUGAGGUUUUCUCUAGACUCCUCUCAACUCAAUGAGACACUGCAAGAUAAUUGCAAGUUUGGGGGAAGUGUAGAGGAUUGGGUGAAAUUGUAUGUGCAUGUACGAGUGGACAUGAGAGAGGGAGAGGGUCCACACAGCUACAGUGCAGAUGUCAGUUAAUGUGUUUAGAAAUGCUUUUGUGAAAGAUGAAAAACACUCUAUGCCACAAGAACAGAAAGUGCACAAGUACUCAAAUGGUGUUUGGUAUCUAAUUUUAUCUUCUAUUUUGUUGUUGUUAUAGCCACAUUAUUGCUGACAUGAAAGAGUGGAAUCUUCACCCAAAGGUGGUUUUGAUUAUAUGAAUGAGAGAGAGAGACACGGAGAGUGAAUGAGUUGUGCAACCAUCUUUCCUGCCAAAAUUAAUAAAAUAAUUUCUGUGCCUCUUGAUCAAGACCACUGAUUUAUUUUGAAAUAAAAUGGUUACUUUCA